AUGGUGAUAUGUACAUACCACUUACAACAAUCUUUGUAUUUUGUGCGCUUGCUAAGCUAUCAGUCUACCAGUAGUGAAUAAACCGAGAUUAGGAAAUUUGACUUGCUUUCAAAUUAUAAAGAUUUUUUGUAUGUAAUUUUUUCCCAAAUUUGGUUAUAAGGCGAAUUAUUGAGUAAGACUUGUAGCAGCAGGAUAUUCCCUGGAAUUAUUAGCCACAGCAUUCAUCACUGAAAAUUGGAUGCUGACCCUCACCAUUCAGUUCAUGCCAUUUUGGCCAGGUAAUGUGGAAUCAUGGUUUCAGAUGGCCGAGUGGGAUUUUAGUCAUCAUGGCAUCACUGACCAACGUUCACAGUUCCUUGAAGUUGCUUACGCUCUACCAAAUGAAGUAAGCAAGUGCGUAAUUGUGCAGGUGUCAAGCCAAGAGGUAAGUGACCCAUAUGGGGUGCUUAAAGCGGCCCUCCUAAAGAAAAACGACCUCACGGACCGUCAGCGUCUCAACGAACUAUUUCGCAGCGUCAAGUUAGGUGGUCAGUUGGCUGUGAAUGUGCUAAUGAGAAUGAGAGAAGUUAUUGGCUAACGUUAGUUUGACGAAGGACUCUUCAGACAGCUGUUCUCAUCCAAAAUUGCCACAGUAAGUACAGACUGUGCUUGUGACACUCUGAG